GAGGCAACAUUGAUCACGAAGCUUGUGGGCUAAUUGAUAAGCUGGCAAACUUGACGGCAGACCGUAGUUGCUUUUCCCCUGUCACACUGUCUGCCAGGCAGCCGGAAGAUGUGGAUGAAAGUGAAACUGCAGAUCCGUGAGGAGGAGGAAGAGGAUAUUGCAUCUGGCUCUCCGGCAGCACACACCCCUCACUCGGCCACAGCGAUGCAUCCCGACGCCAGGGACCACUCCUCUUCUCUACAGUCACCCCGGCUUUGAAGCAUGGUGCAGAAAUCCCUCAACGGCGGGGUUUACCCAACUCAAGCCGGGGAGAGGAAGCACAAAGUCGGCUUCGUGGGUCUGGAGCCCCCCGGGGGUCCCGAGUCGAGCCGGGACGGGGCGCUGCUCAUUGCGGGCGCGGAGAGCAGCACCAAGCGGGGCGGCAGCAUCCUGUGCAGACCCAGAGGCAGCAUCUCCGCCAGACCCCCCAAGAAAAAUGCCAGCUACCGCAAGCUGCAGAAUUUCCUCUACAAUGCGCUGGAGAGACCUCGGGGAUGGGCGUUCAUCUACCAUGCUUACGUCUUCCUCCUGGUCUUUUCCUGUCUCAUUCUCUCCGUCUUUGCCACCAUUAGAGAGUUCAAAAAUAGCUCAGAGAGUGCUUUGUACAUCCUGGAAAUCGUGACCAUUGUGGUGUUUGGAGUGGAGUACAUUGUGAGGAUAUGGGCGGCCGGUUGCUGCUGUCGAUACAGAGGAUGGAGAGGGAGGCUGAAAUUCGCCAGGAAGCCUUUUUGCGUCAUAGACAUGAUGGUGCUGGUUGCCUCGGUGUCUGUGCUGGCGGCCGGAUCGCAAGGAAAUGUUUUUGCCACGUCAGCCAUCAGGAGUCUGAGGUUUCUGCAGAUCCUUCGCAUGCUGCGUAUGGAUCGCCGUGGCGGGACAUGGAAGCUGCUCGGUUCAGUCGUGUACGCCCAUAGCAAGGAGCUCAUCACGGCAUGGUACAUCGGCUUCCUGUGUCUCAUCCUGGCUUCAUUCCUGGUCUACUCUGUGGAGAAGGAGUCUAACAAAGAGUUUGAGACCUACGCUGAUGCCCUUUGGUGGGGACUGAUAACUCUUACCACAAUUGGCUAUGGAGAUAAGGUCCCCAAGACGUGGAAUGGACGCUUAUUGGCGGCCACCUUCAGCAUGAUCGGCGUGGCCUUCUUUGCACUUCCUGCUGGCAUCCUUGGUUCUGGUUUUGCCCUCAAAGUCCAAGAGCAGCACAGGCAGAAGCAUUUUGAAAAGAGACGCAACCCUGCAGCAAGCCUAAUCCAGGCUGCUUGGAGGUUUUAUGCAACCAACCUGUCCCGCACGGAUUUGAUAUCUACUUGGGAUUUCUAUGAGCAGACUGUCGCUAUGCCAAUGUACAGAAUAAUUCCACCUCUGAAUCAACUGGACCUGCUGAGGAAUCUGAAAGGGAGGUCCUUCAGGAAGGACUCCCAAACAGAAAGCUCUCCCAGUAAUGAGAAUGCACACAAUGACAGACUUUGCGGGUGCUGUCCAACAACUUUUAGUUGGAAGGCGAGCCUGAAGGACAAGGUGUUCCCCAGUCCUUCCAAGGCUCCUUUGGCCAAAGGGAGAGACCAGUCUCCUGGUCCAGAAGAUGCCGCUGAAGUCAGCCCUGGCAAGGUCUCCAAGAGCUGGAGUUUUACAGAGAAGAACAGAGGAGGGCCCAAGCAUGCUUUCAGAGUCCGGGGCAGCGCCUCACGUCAAAACUCUGAGGCAAUUGAAGGUUUAAUAAAGGCCAGCUUCCCAGGAGAGGACAUCGGCGAUGACAAGAGUUGUCACUGUGAGUUUCUCACUCAGGAAUUGCCCCCAGGCUUGAGGGUUGCCAUACGAGCAAUAUGCAUCAUGAAGUUCCUGGUGUCUAAGAGGAGGUUCAAGGAGAGCCUGCGGCCAUAUGAUGUCAUGGAUGUGAUCGAGCAGUAUUCUGCAGGACACCUGGACAUGCUGACCCGUAUUAAGAACCUGCAAUCCAGGAUAGAUAUGAUUGUUGGGCCCCCUCCCCCAUCAACACCUCGUCAUAAGAAGUCCACUGAAGGCCCCCCUAGAGUUGACCAGAUCGUGGGUAAAGGUCCGAAAGGUGAAGCUGAGGCUGCAGAGGAUCUGAGCAUGAUGGGACGCCUGGUCAAAGUGGAGAAACAGGUGGUCUGCAUGGACAGAAAGCUGGAUUUUCUGGUCCAUGCGUAUAUUCAGCGUAUGGGCAUCCCUCACUCUGAGACGGAAGCCUUUUUUAACUCCAAAGAGCCGUACCCAGCCCCACCGUACCACAGCCCGGAGGACAGCAAGGAAGAGAAGGAGGAGGUUGUUGAGGCAGAAGGGGAAGUGAAGGCAUCCUCAGGCACCGCCGUCCAGUGCUCCAGUGAGUGCAAAGACCCUUUAUCGGACGCGUCGGGGUCAGCGGGUACGCCGUCGGGCAGUCGCCCAUCUACCUCGUGGCAGCACCAGCUGCAGCACCCUGUCAGCCAGCCAGCCUGGAGUAGCAGCUUGGCCAACACCCCCGACUCUCCGCCGCUGUUCCGUCUCCCACCCCCGCCAGCGCCACUCCACGACCGCUCCAGUCAGGAGAGCGGAUCCCUGAGCAGGAGGCGUCACCGGAGGCAGAGGCGGCGUCCGCAGGAGGGCACCAACGCAGAGAGCGACACGUCUCUCUCCAUCCCGUCGGUGGACCACGAGGAGCUGGAGCGUUCCUUCAGCGGAUUCAGCAUCUCUCAGGCCAAAGAAGACUUUUUCGGGCCUUCUUUCUUUGCAGGUGGCGGCGGCGGAGCAGGAUGGGGGGCCACAGGGGGAACUGACCCCGCAGCCCCGCCUCCACUAUGUGCCAAGGUGAGACCGUUCCUAGCAGAGGGUGAAUCCGACACAGACUCUGACCUCUAUGCUCCCUCGCCUCUGUCCUUCACCGGUGAGGCGUCCUGUGAGGAGAGAGGAUGGCCUGGACACAAGUAGCUCAUGUGACCCCAAGCCAAUGUUGCUCAACACGACUGUGAGUGAAGGGCAAUGAUGUGAUAAUACGGCCUUCAAACGUCUUUGUUUGGGAUAGACACAGCGGUGAGUGGGGAUUGUUUUGAUUCAUUUCUUUGUCAAAACCAAAACAAGUGCAAGAAACUCCACAAGCCAUUUGCAGGCCCUGUGAACCAGGAAGUAGCCUGCUAGCAAAGACAGAGACACAGAAUGCUUUGUUUCACUUUAGUGAGACAAAUGUAUGAAACAUUUUUGCUGUUUCAGUCAAGAUGGAAAACCUUUCCCUUAUGAGAGGAUAAAAAAAUAACACUCUUGUUUAUGAACCAGGAAGUAGAACCAGAUAGACAAACACAAGUAAGACAAUGCAUUUUUUUCACUUUUAUUUGAUUUUUUUUAAAUUAUUUUCUUUUUUAUGCUAAUUUGAGCCAUUAAAAAUGUUUCAUUUACCCUGGAAUGAAAAAAGAUGGAGCAGUCCAAAAACACAAACACACGGUGGAACACAAGUCGAGCUACGAUUGUGUCUCUUUUGUUUGAAUAAUUAGUUUUCUCGUUGUUUGGUCAUUUUAAUCACAAGAAGCAUUCCAAAUUACAUUAAAAUAAAAAAAUUGUAUGGUCUAGAUGUACAUCAGCUUUCGUUAACCAGCUGCUGGCCAAAAAAAAAUGGAAAGUUCAACACAAAUAAGAUGCUCCACAAUUAUUUCACUUUUGUGUGAGGCAUUUAGUUUUUCUGUUGUGCUUAUUUCCAUCCAUUCAUUUUCUAUGCCGCUUAUGUUCCCCUUACUUUAAGAAUAAAAAAGGUACAAUCUUGACGUACAUCAACCAGGAAUUAGCCUGCCAGCUAAAAAAAACUGAAAAAACCCCCACAGUGAAACAUACGGCGAUCCACGAUGGUUUCUCUUUUGUUAGUGGAAUUUAUUUUCUAUUUCGUAGCUUGAGUCACGAUGGAAAACGUUCCUCUUGCGUUAGGAUCAUAAGCAUAGUAUGGUUCCAUUGCACAUCAACCUGCUUGCUGGGAAAAAGUAACACAAAUACGACACUCUGCCAUUGAUUCUCUUUGGUUAGACCAAUUUAUUUUCUUUUUCUUUACUAAUUGGAGUCACAAAAAAUGUUGCAGGAGAUCAGCCAGGAACAGUCAGGAGAACGGGAAGAGCUGGGUUGGAAUCUUUUGGGCAUUUCUGUGUGGCGUUUGCAUGUUCUCCCCGUGCGUGCGUGGGUUUUCUCCGGGUACUCCGGUUUCCUCCCACAUUCCAAAAACAUGCAUGUUAGGUUAAUUGGCGACUCUAAAUUGUCCAUAGGUAUGAAUGUGAGUGUGAAUGGUUGUUUGUCUACAUGUGCCCUGCCAUUGGCUGGCGACCAGUCCAGGGUGUACCCCGCCUCUCGCCCAAACCCGUGACCCUAGUGAGGAUAAGUGGCAUAGAAAAUAAAUGGAUGGUUAAAUGAAGUAUUUUCUCUUUUUUGCUAAUGGAAGUGAUGCAAAAUGUUCCCCUUGCGCUAGAAUCACAAAAAUGGUAUGGUCACGUUGUAGGUUAACCUCUGUGAACCAGGAAGUGGCAUGCUAGCGUACGGCUUUACAAGCAAACACACAUACCUUUCAGUAACAGAAGAAAAGUAACCAUACAUGGCUUAAUAGAUGACUUUCCAAUUACACACAAUGAUGAUUAUACAUGCUAUUAGAAAAUGAGGUUAGUUAAAAUAGCUAAGAUACAGUACAUAAAUAUACAGUACAUACAUCAAUAUUACAUAAGCACUCCCCAAAAUAUUUUGAUGAGGCAGUGAAGCCCCUGCAUGGCAUGGUAAAAAAAAAGAAUAUGGCCCUUUCCAUUAUUGUAUUAUAAGUUCCUCAUUAAACAAAACAGAUCAUUUUAGGAAAUAAGUGUAGCAAGUUGUCAGUCAGUUGUGAGUCCAUGGUUGUAGCACUAAAAGCAUGGGAUGUUACGGGGACAAAGCAUGAUCUUGUUACUGUAAAACUAACCUGAAUCGGGGCAAAGCAACACUUCUAACACAAGGGAGACGCAUCAAUAUUUGUCAUAGCUGCAGACCCACAGGCAUGUUCACAGACUCUCCGGUAGCAAGUCAAACACUUUCAUGUAAGUGCACCGUCCUAUUCAGUUAAUAAAAAGUUUUGUACAUGCUAAAUGUCAUGUGUUUUUGCCUCUCGUUGGAAUACAUCCAUGCACAAUAUUUAUCACCAAUCAAGAGCUUCAUUUGAGAGGAAACGCAUAAAGACAGAUGGCUGUACUUCAGUAAAAGUUACUGGUUACUUUUUAAGGGGUAGGGGUAGGAGUUCACUCAAACCACAACCUGAGCCUUAAACAUCACAAUUCUCACCCCAACUCCUACCAUUACCCUAACCCUAAACAUAAUUCUUGCCCAAACCCCAACCCCCGUCCUAUCCCUAAACAUAAUUGUUGCCCUGAUUCAACCCUAACAGUGAUCGUAACCAAUUAACCAAUACCCUAGACCAGCGCUUUCCAAACAUUUCAGUCGCGACACUCCUUCGGGCAUCUGACUGGAAGUCAUGUACCCCCUACGCCUGCACACUUGAACAUCUCUGAUAUAUUGUUAAAUAUAUUAUAUGACAUUGUUAAAAAAUUGUCUAAUUUUUCAACAGCACAUAUAGGCUACUAAUUUUUUUAUUUUUUAUUUUUUAUUUUUUUUUUUCCCCCUGUCCUGUCCAGCCUUUAAAGCAGAUAGAAUUGUAUACCUAAAUGCCGUCAAGUGCUCAACAGAUUUACUCUGCCAGAGAGAAGUGUGAUAUACACUUCCCCUGUCAUACAAAAUUUAUUCGACCUUGAUGCUUGUUAUAAAGCAAAUUUGGAGCGCCCGGACCGGAGCAGGAGGGGACAGAGAAGAAGAGAAAAGGAAAC